GACUACUUGCACGUCAGCGAAAAAGAGAAUUGCAACGGUUGAAUGAACAGCUCCGCCAAAUCAAUGCUGCUCUAAGAAGGCAAGCCAAGAUUGAGUCCUAUGCACCUAACUUAAGUUACGCUCCUGUUGGUGGCAGGGUUGCAGAAAGUGAAGUAAUUGUUGAUCCAAGAAAACAGGAAUUAAUAACUCGCUUGAAAAAUGGGAAGAAAUUUCUUAGAAACCAAGUACCAGAAAAGGCGCAAUUGGAGUUUAAAACUGCUCUUGACCUUGCACAGAAUUUAAAAGAACCUUUGAAGGAAAAGAAAGCAGCUCGGGGCUUAGGGGCAUCUUUACAACGGCAGGGCAAGUACCGGGAAGCUAUAAAAUACCACUCUUUGGUUCUUGAAAUAUCGGCAAGACAUGGAGAGGAGUCGGGAAACACAGAAGCUUAUGGAGCAAUAGCUGAUUGUUAUACUGAGCUUGGGGAUUUGGAACAAGCUGCAAAAUUCUAUGACAAUUAUAUUGCAAGGUUAGAGACUGAUUGAGCUGCUAGUGGGAGGAUCUAUGAUCGAGAAAUCUAUCUGGAGCCGACCCUUUGGGUCAAUCACAGCCUUCAAAACUUGGGGAUAAUGGGGUCGCACCUCUAUCCUUCUCCACAUAAAUACCAGAGUUAGUUUGCUUGGCACGGGGCUCGAACCUAUUAUGGGUAUUUGUUUAUUUUCAUGCAUUCAAAGUAGAAUGCUUAGAGCCUGAGACGGUGAGACCACCACUAUUUCUCCGGAAAUCCUUUCUGUAUGAGCAUACUUUAUUAACUGGUUCCUUCCAUUUUCCCUUUUACAUACUCUUUUCCAAUGUAUCUAUCUGGAAAAAACUUAGAUUACGAUAAAUUGGAUCGGAUUUUGCUGUUUUUUUUCUGCAGUACAUCGA